AUGGGCCCCUGUACCGCCUCCUCAUGCUGCUGCCAGGCCCGUAAUCUGUCAUGGGCCCCUGUACCGCCCACAUGCUUCUGCCAGGUCCAGAGUGUGUCAUGGGUCCCUGUACGGCCUCCCAUUGCUCCUGUCUCCAUCGCCACACUCUGCCAUGUGCCACUUUCAGGUCUCCUCACACUGCUGGUGGGUUCCAUUUUGUCAUAGGGUGCUGUAUGGCCUCCCAUUGCUGCUGCCAGGCCCGUAAUCUGUCAUGGGCCCCUGUACCGCCUCCUCAUGCUUCUGCCAGGUCCAGAGUGUGUCAUGGGUCCCUGUACGGCCUCCCAUUGCUGCUGUCUCCAUCGCCACACUCUGCCAUGUGCCACUUUCAGGUCUCCUCACACUGCUGGUGGGUUCCAUUUUGUCAUAGGGUACUGUAUGGCCUCCCAUUGCUGCUGCCUCCACCGCCA